AUGCAAAUCUUGUUUUCGAAGCUUCUGUGGGAUGAUGAGAAAAUAUGUGCAUCAGAGGAAAAUGUCGAAGUUGUUUGCAUCUUUCUCAAAACUAUCGGCAAAGAACUUGAUGAAUCAAGCAUGAUUUCAAAACAGUCCAACGAUUUGCAUUUCAGACGUUUAAAGAAUCUGUCAAACCAUCCUCAGAUGCGAGUGAGAUGUAUGAUUCAGAAUAUCAUUGAUUUGCGCUCCAACCGGUGGGUUUCCGCGCCGGAAGUGGUUCUCGUAUACGAUUUAUCGAAGAAAAACUAA